ACUCACACUUUCCAGUCCGCAUCUGCUGCUCUGACCAGACUGUGGCUCGGACACUCAGAAGCUGCGUUAGCUAUAAACGGAGCCUUUUAACAGACCGUGUUUGUGAACGUUUGCUGAUACGGACGCUAGGCUUCAUAAGAAAGCGUUAUUUCAUAGGAAAACAUCUUCAGAAUGGCAGAAACUGGGGGAAGUCCGUUUGGAGGCUGUUUGGAGAAACUGAUGAGCUUUGUGCGAACUCGGAAAGGAACCAUCCUGGCCGCUGAAAUAAUCCUCAGUUUCAUCAUCCUUAUCUGUUACGCCGCGUCUAUGUAUGGCGGGUAUUCACCGUUGGCCAUCUCCGAGAUGGUUAUUGCCAUCAUCUUCUUCGUUGUCUUCAUGAUGGAGCUGGACAAACAGUUCCUGGAGGUGAACUGGAUCUGGAGCGAUCUCAUCCGCGCUGUAGUCGGUGCAUCUCUUUAUCUCAUAACCUCUCUGAUCUGUGUGAUCAGCGGGGCUGGAGACGGGGCUCGCAUCGCUGGUGUGGUGUUUGGUCUGCUGGCUGGGAUCUUGUUUGCUUAUGAUUCCUACACGAUUUUCUUGGACAUCAAGAGAAGCAGACAGCAUACAGCUGCUCCCACAGGUCGCUGAAGGCCGUCUGCCGGAUGUUUACGACUGACAUUUGGCAUUUGAGCCAAACAGUUAUUCUGUGGCAACACUGGUAUCUCAGCGAAAGCUAUGCCGCUUCACGUGUCUGCUCUUAAUGCUGUGUAACUAAAACAACUUAACCUGACUAACUGUUCCCCGGUUAUUCAUUUUGCAUCUCCCUUUUUUGUUUUCUCUCUUUGUUUUUUAACAGAUGACACAGUUUGAACUACUUUCCUCACUACAACAUUAACAGCAACCAAAACAUGGAGAACAAGUCUAAAAAUGGCAAAAGGAGUGAAUUCCUGAGAGUUACGGUGAGAGAUGCAGACCAGAGGAAUGCAAAAGGGACGAAACAUUACACAACAAAAGAGGUUUAUGUACAAAAGGGAUGUAAAAUGAAGGAACAGAAAGCUGUCGGCAUUCAAAGAUUCAUUCCGGCA